GAAUGGGCGCAGUGGCUGAUUGAUUUAAUUAAAAGGACGCCCCGAUCUCACUGUGAACUCAGAGGGAAGAAGGGCGCUGCCAGAGUUAGUAGUACUAAGCUGAACUCCGUGAGAGAAAGAGAUGGAGUGUUCGAGUAUGGCCGUUGCUUCUUGCUUUCGUCUGCUAGCGACCAUUCUGCUUCUUGCAAUGGCUGGUCGCUGCUCCUCGCAGCAAAUGGAUCAUAUCCAACUCAGCAGAAUUGCAGACUCUAUUGACGACCUCACUCAGGUGGUGCAAGUACAAGCCUCAGGAAAUCAUGAAACUGUUCACCUUAAUGGCCACAGAUCAUCUUGUCUGUGAAGGGGGUUGGCUGAAGCUGAGAUCCUCGUGUUACUUCGUUAGUAAAGACACCAGCACUUGGGAGGAGAGUCGUCAAAAGUGCAUAGCCUUGAAUUCUGACUUGGUCAAGAUAACUCAUGACGAAGAGUACAACUUCCUCCGUGAUCUUGUAAAAGGUCACCACGCCUACAUAGGGCUGAGUGACCAGCAAGAAGAAGGGACUUACAGAUGGGUUGUAGAUGGCACCAUUCACCAAAUCGUUGACUCAUGGUGGCGUGAAGGUGAGCCCAACAAUGCACACUCAGGAGAGCAUUGUGUCCAUUACCACUCUCCUAGCGAUGGUCUCAAUGAUAUUUCCUGUGACACGAAGUUCAGGUACAUCUGCGAGAAACCUGGCCACCUGGCUUAGAACCUCGCUUCUGUGCCAGAUGAAGAAACAACCGCAGAAAAGUGAAAUGGAAAAUGGAUUAGGCCUAAGAGUAGAUUUCUUGCCAAGUGUCUACAUAAAGUGAAAUUGCCUGCUUGUGUACUUGCAUUUCUUGAGAUUUAUCUUGUUGGACAACUUCAUAGUUCAUGUUGACAUUUCUUUAAUUAGCAGUAAUAUAACUGCAACAUUCAAGUUUACAUACAAACUGAUAUGCUUUAGCUAUUUUAGAAAAGGGACUUUUUGGCUACAAAACACUCCCCACAGUAAUUAUUAUGUGGAACUUAGGUAUAAAGUUAUCUGGGUACCCAUUCGGUAGGAGAACUGAAGUGCUUUGUGAACUAUGCUUGUUUCAGAGUAGUUUUUCUGGGAUGUCUUACUUUCUCCAAGAUGAGAAACCACUUCCAUUAUCUAGGAAAGUGGGUUUUUAAUUUCAAUGAAAUAUGGUUGAUCUAAUAUGACAGGCGAUUGAAUCUCUCAUGAGACGAUUUUUUUUCUAUAGUACUCUAAUUCCUUGUAUUGCACUACAAAUAACGGAAGUGUUGUGUUGACAUAAACUGUUCUUUAAGAACAAGGCAUAUAAAUCUUUAAACACUACUUUUGUCUCUGUGGCACGAAUGAAACAAAACGUAAAAGAACUGU